ACCCCACAUCACGUAGCUACAAAAUCGCCUCGAACUCACCAAUUUUACGCCUCCAUUCCCUUUAGAAAAACGCAGAAUUGAAGAAAAAAAAAUCCCCUUCAAACCCUCGCAAAACCGCCAACCUCCCGCUACGCCACCCACUAUGUCUCUCCCUUCCCUCGCCCUGCCAGGCCAACUCCUUGGUCCUGCAACAAAAUACGCUCCCGGCCCCGGGACACACAUCCACAACUCCCAAAUCUACGCUUCAAUAGCCGGGCCUGUAGUCUCUAAUUCCCGCUACCGCACCCCAAGUAAUGCCACGACGCCCACGAAACCGCUACCCCUCGUUUCCAUCUCGCGCCCCUCUUCUAGCACGACUGUCAAUGAAAAUACACUCGGUAUUCUUGGCACCAACAGUGGCGGCGGCUCCAAUAUCCUCCCUGAGGUUGAGAGCGUGGUUCUAGCGAAAGUAACGCGGUUGGGGCAGCGAUUUGCAACUGUUGAGAUUCUCGUUGUCGCGGAUACUGUGUGUAGGGAGGGCUUUCAAGGACUAAUAAGAAGGGAAGAUGUUAGAGCGACUGAGAAGGACAGAGUUAGGAUCGAGGAGGUGUUUAGGGUUGGCGAUUUGGUGAGGGGGCAGGUUGUCUCAUUAGGCGACCAGUCGAAUUACUACCUUUCAACCGCUUCCGACGAAUUCGGCGUCGUCAUGGCGACGAGCGAGGCAGGGAAUCAGAUGUAUCCGAUUUCAUGGAAGGAGUUCCAAGAUCCGAAGACUGGGCUUAAGGAAUCAAGGAAAGCUGCGAAACCAUUAUGAAGGGUAUAGUGAAGAGACAUGAGGUGAAAAUGAAGGCAGUGAUCCACCACACAUGAUACCCCGAGGGCUAUUAAACAUACAUAAAUGUUUUGAAUUCAAGUCUGUUGAACAACACGGCCGGCUGGACUCAAAAAAUCACUCGAAACAUACGGA